AUGCGUCCAGCCGACGGAUUCGUUGUUUGGCUCGAUUUUCUACAUUUUCCGUCAACAUCGACAAGCCGCCCAACCCUUGAUAACACCCACAAGGUAGUAAGUUUGUCUGGUUGCCUGGCCGACGGCGGGUCCUGGGAUAGAACCCCGUCCCGGAUGGACGAUGAACGCGGACCGGGAGGACGAUGGGGCUGUUGUGUGCAAUUGAAGGGCAGACUUGCCUCGGUUUCUGGUGGAGCCAAGUUUUUUUAG